UCUCACCCUCUGCUGUGAAACUCAAGAUCUUGUACUCGCCAUGUGACCAAAACCUACUGUUUUCAGAAAUGGCAGCUUCUCUGUGGAAGAACUUACUUCAGACUGCAAAGGAACGGAUACUACAACAGAGAAGGGCAUCACUGUAUAUUGGUGCUCAUGGUUAUGAGGAAGAAUUGAUAAAGAAGAAACUUCAGCAGUUUGCUGGUGGAUCCAUCAACCUCUCCAAAGAUGACAGCGGCAUUGGAAUACUUACUUUGAACAACCCAAAGCUAAUGAAUGCCUUUACAGGCGCUAUGAUGCUAGAACUCCAGGAGAGGGUAACGGAACUGGAAAACUGGAAGGAUGGCAAAGGCCUUAUCAUCUAUGGUGCAGGAAACACCUUUUGCUCAGGAUCUGAUUUGAAUGCUGUCAAAGCAAUAUCCAACUCCCAGGAUGGGAUGAAUAUGUGCAUGUUUAUGCAAAACACCUUAACAAGACUUAUGAGAUUGCCUUUGAUCAGUGUUGCACUAGUCCAAGGAAAAGCUGUUGGAGGAGGAGCAGAACUUACCACGGCAUGUGAUUUCAGGUUGAUGACGCCUGGGAGUGAAAUUCGAUUUGUCCAUAAGCACAUGGGUCUGGUGCCAGGCUGGGGAGGAGCUGCCCGGCUGGUGCGGAUCGUCGGCAGCUGGGCUGCCCUCCAGCUGCUGAGCGGAGCUGCCAGGGUGGACCCCGAGAGGGCUUUGCGCCUCGGGCUCUCAGAGGAGACGUUGUCAUCUUCAGAUGACACUGGAGCGUUAGAAGAAGCCCGAGCCUGGCUGAGUCAGUACACAGAGGGUCCAGCCAGCGUGAUUCAGGCUGUGAAAAAGGUGGUGACAGCGGGAAGAGAGCUUCCAUUGGAAGCUGCCCUAAGGACAGAGAAGGACAUUUUCGGAACUGUAUGGGGUGGGCCUGCCAAUUUGCAGGCAUUGGUUAGAAGACCAAAACAUAAAUGACGGUCAAUGCGUAAGAAAUGUUCUUGACCUUUUUGCAAACAACACUUUCACUAAAGCAGGCAUUAAACAGAAUUGUUUAAGGACUUGUUCAU